AUGAGUAACAAACGAUUCACUAUGAACCCUUUCGGGGACUUGAGCCUGACUACCGAAGACCGUGGCAAGCUUGUGGAUAUCGUCAACACUCUCGUGCUGGCAAGAUUUGAACAGUAUGAAGAGUAUCUGAACAACAACAAGGACGUUGACAUGACCCGAUGGAAAAAGUUCAAGACAUCAGGCCCCGUUACGACAUACCUCGAGCGUAAGAAGAGCUCAGACACGAAUCUACCUGAAAUGCUGAUGACCGGCCCACUAAACGGCACUCUGGACGAGAACAUGUUUGGUAUGGUCAACCCAACUCUCGAGUCGAUGCGAAUCAAGGCGUCGUACCUCAACGACUUUAGUGCUGCCGCCGUAUUAGCCACUGUUGUUGAGCCAACGGAGGAGGAACCAUUUAACGCAAUUGUGGUCAAGUGGAUGGAGAUUGACAUCCCGGGCGCCUCGAUCGGGAUCGUACGAAAUCGCGACUACGUCUACGUGGAGAGCACGGGCAUCAUGCACUUGAAGAAUGGUGAUCGUGUCGGCUACCACAUACUCCAUUCUGUCAACUUUCCAGAAACACACGAGUUACCGCACAAAGUUCGCGGAAGUAUGUCGCUAAGCGCAAUUUUCCACCAAGAAGGUCCCGAUCGAACAGACUGCCGUGGUGCGGGUAUAAUGGACCCGAAGGGUGAUAUGAUCGGCAUGAUGGCGGUAACGGGGAUGGUGCAUGCGACCAUGGCAGGCCUGAAAUACUCCUAUUGUGGCCAGAUGAAGAAACUCGCGUGGAUGUUAGAGCAGAGUCAAGCCGAGCCCAGAGAGCGAGGUGCGCCAGUUCUGCAACCCGUGUGUGUGACGUGCAUGAAGCUGAUCAAGAACUCGAAACUUAGAGAGCUGCGCAAGUCGAGCACCACGUGUAAGUUGUGUUUCGGGACUCUGUGCGGUUCGUGUAAGGUUUCCAAGAAACUGAGCUUUAUUUCCCUGGAUCUGGAGCUCAUUCAGCGGAAGGUGGCGUUUUGUGUAAAGUGCUUGCUAAAAGCAACUCGCAUGGACACUCUGAAGGCUGCUCGUCAGCAAUUUGUUUACAAGGAACCUGUUCUACCGAUUGCAUACGGAUCUUUCGAGAUGAGCUCAAGCUCGGACUGCUCGUCUUGA